AUGACGACAGACGCUGUCACUGCCUCCAAGCAGGGGCCUCAGCAUAUGCAAGGCCCAACGCUUCUUCCGUCGCCUGUUGCUCAAGCCGUCAGCCUUGCCACCCGAUCAACUUCGCUCGCCAUUCGCAUUGGAUCUGUGCUGAGCAAUGCUGGCCUCGAUGCCGCACGAUUCACCACCCUUGGUGGCCUGGGGCUGGCCCGGGGCAUGAUUGAAGGCGUCAUGAGCCGAGCCGCCAAAGAUACCCUUGAGCAAUCGCAGACCGAGCUGGCCGUCCAAGAAGCAGAGACGGUCCUAGAGCGCAGCCUUGAAAACCUGCAUUUUGCCGUCACUCAGGCGGUCUUUUGGACUUCCGUCAGCUUCCGGCUUACGGGCACAACAAUCUCUACUGCUUCCGCAGGCUCACAACUCCUCUUAUCAUCUCUCGACCAGCUCCUCGGCUCAACAGAUUCCUCCCGAGCAGUUGCCAGCAUCGUCACACUUAUUCGCCGCGAAUUUGAGAAUCCCACGACGGGCCUGCAAGGUGAAAGGGUCGGUGUCAUCGACCUGACUCUUGCUCUCAGCACGCUGGCCUAUCUACAGCGGGCAUGCCGAAAAACGACUGAAGAAGAACGCCGAAGGCAGUCUUAUGAAGAGAUUAUAUGGGAUGUGGUUGUAUUGGAAAACGGAGAUCGGGUUGAUAUUGAUGAAAAGGUGUAUAAUGAGAUCCGUGGGGGCUACAACAACCAAACAAAAGGCAUCGUUUCCUCGCCUCCCACCAACGGCUCUUCCGUGAACGACACUGAAGACGACGAAGCUGUCAUAUCCCGCCUCAAGAGCCAGAUUAUGGCCACUGUGGCUCCGGGCACGGCAGUAUCAAUCUCCAACUCUGUAUCCUCAGUGCAAACAAUCACUGUAGACGUUCAAGGAUCAAGGCUUCUGUCUCUACCAACUCCACCAGGCGCCGAAAUUGUUGAGGCACAGCCCCUCCUCACCUCUGGAAGCGCUCUUUCAUACAAGUCCACAGAUCCACAAGAUCAGUCUACGUCCUAUCGGGUGGUAUACAGGAUAAAUCGCAAUAAGAAGGAAACAACGUCUUUCCAAGGCGGAGAAGAACCGAAAGAAGAAGCCGUCGAAGUUAUUACCGACUAUCAGAGUUCCGGGAGCGAAGAGACUCUGACAGAGAUGCCUACAAUUACCCUCCCUGAAGACGAAUCCCCUCCCCCAUCCCCUAUCACAUCACCGUCUUCCGCUUUUGCUUUCGGACCGCCGCCAGUUCCUGCAAAGGAUAAGAGAAAAAGCCACAAAUCUCAGCCCCAUGAUUUCUCAAAACCAACCAAAUCGAGCUCCCGCAAGCACAAUAUCGAGUCCGCUAAAGCUGCUUCUCGAACAUCUACACCAUCAAAAGAGCCAAUGUAUCUGGAAGAUUUGCCUGCCCAAAACCAAAAGAGACAACGCACCCACAAGUCUCAAGAUACCAGCAGAAGAAGCCAUGGUGGGAAGAAGACCGACGGGGCUUCUUCUAGGACGCCCGACAAAAAGGCUGGACUGAAGCAUAUUCUUAGAGGAAACGGCCCGUCCGUCUCCCAUAUCUGGACAAAGGAAUCAGACCCAUUGGACUAUACCGGUGGCAGAGACCUACACGCCAAAUCUUCCCUAAGAGAUAUAGCGAGAGAAUUACGAUCGGUAUCCCCUCCAAACGAUGCGGUGCCAAGGUCACCCACCGAACACUACAGCGUCUAUCUUAAACCACCUGGUGGUCAUCGUCGAAACCGGUCGUAUGCAACCAGCAUAUAUAGUGUGGGCACCAAUGAUUCAGUGUCAUCGUUGGUAUUGUCGUCUUACUUUCAAAAGAGCGCCUACAACACCUCCGACGCGCUGCAUUCUCUCCAAACGCAAGGCUUUGUUGAUGGAACUUUCCCUGAAGGCCAUCUACUUCCCAAUAUCACUCGAUAUAUGCGGUUUUCGUCAGCGAGCUAUGGCUCGCAUUUCCUUAAGCUUACUGGCAUCUCCAGUGACACACCGAGUCCUGGUGCUUGGGAUGGAAUCCAUCACGAUGUACGGCACUUUGCCCAUCACACCGAGUCGCAGACUGACAAUAUUCUCCUUGCCUCCUUCGUUGACCCGCAGGGUGGCAGCGACGCCACGGGUUCCACCAGAUCUGGCGUUCCUCUUGUCCAUUACAUCUCGCUCGACCACGCAGCCAAGGCCGUUGUGCUUGCUUGCAGGGGCACGCUUGGAUUCGAAGACGUGCUGGCAGAUCUGACCUGCGAGUACGAUAAGCUGGUCUGGAGAGGCAGAGGCUAUCGUGUUCACAAGGGCAUUCAUGCCUCUGCUAGGAGGCUACUAUAUGGCGAUGACGGUCGCGUUUUGGUCACACUCCAACAAGCUCUACGCGAGUUCCCAGAUUAUGGGCUUGUGUUGUGCGGACACUCCUUGGGAGCUGGCGUUACCUCGCUGCUGGGAAUCAUGUUGUCUGAGCCUAAUCCCUGUGGCCCUGGGUUCGUCACAUCCGCCGAGCCAUACACAGUUAGGCCUCCACCGAAUGAAGCCCUUAUCAAUGUAAGACUCAGCAAGAUUCGCCCUCCGUCUGGUCGCCGCAUACACGUAUAUGCAUAUGGCCCUCCAGGCGUCAUGUCGAAUUCUCUGCGCCAAAUCACUCGCGGCCUGAUUACCACCGUCGUACACGGCAACGACUUGGUGCCUCAUCUAUCCUUGGGCCUGCUCCAUGACUUUCAAGGCGUUGCUCUAGCGUUCAAAAACGACGAAAACAACACAAAGUCUGAAAUCCGCCAGCGUAUUUGGAAUGCCCUCCAAGACAAUGUCUCAGAGAGGUGGUACUUUAAUCGCAGCGCCAGCAAAGUUGCCAGCAGCGGAGGCGUGAGCGACGAAGAGAGAUGGAUGCUUCCUGCGCUAGAGAACAUGAGGGCCAGCAUGAAGGGCAAGAAGCUCCUCCCGCCUGGCGAGGUAUUUACCCUUGAGACACAGCGGGUGCUGAGGAGAGAUGCGUUUCUUCUGUUGGAUGAGGAGCAUAUUGGACGGCCGGCACAGCGGAUUGUGCUCAAGUAUGUGAAGGAUGUCGAGGGCCGUUUUGGAGAGGUGCGGUUUGGGACGAGCAUGUUGACGGAUCAUAGUCCGGCAAAGUAUGAGGAUGCUUUGAAUAAGCUAAGGCUUGGAGUCUCGACGUGA